GGUUGGCUUAGCCGAGCGCUAAGCGUCAGGCAAGCGAAAGCCAACGUCGACCACCGCAACCGUGUCUUAUCUUCUUUCAAACCUCACCGCCAGCGCUCCAGCCUUCGCAAGCUUCACCCUCCAUAUCACCGAUCUUCAGUACCAACCCGUCCGGACUGAAUCGAUCUCACCAUGUGGAUCAUUAACUGGUUCUACGAUGUCCUGGCCUCCCUCGGCCUGCUCAACAAGCACGCUAAGCUCCUCUUCCUCGGCCUUGACAAUGCCGGAAAGACGACCCUUCUGCACAUGUUGAAGAACGACCGGGUUGCCGUUCUCCAGCCUACCGCUCAUCCGACGUCGGAGGAGCUCGCUAUUGGAAACAACCGCUUCACUACCUUUGACUUGGGUGGUCACCAGCAGGCCCGUCGUCUCUGGAAGGACUACUUCCCCGAAGUGAGCGGUAUCGUUUUCCUCGUUGACGCCAAGGACCACGAGCGUUUCCCCGAGUCCAAGGCCGAACUCGACGCCCUCCUCGCCAUGGAGGAGCUCGCCAAGGUCCCCUUCCUCAUUCUCGGCAACAAGAUCGACCACCCCGACGCCGUCAGCGAGGACGAACUCCGACACCAGCUGGGACUCUACCAGACCACAGGAAAGGGCAAGGUGCCGCUCGAGGGCAUCCGGCCGAUCGAGGUCUUCAUGUGCAGUGUUGUGAUGAGACAGGGCUACGGCGAGGGUAUCAGGUGGCUGUCUCAAUACGUUUAAGCUUGAAAACCCCAAAAAAGUGCAGGCAAGCUUGAGCGGAAACAUUUCCAAGGGGUAGGGGAAGGGAGUUCAUGAGUAGAUGGACUGGACGGAGUACUUCUUUCUAUAUUUGAUAUCUCGCACAUCGUCUCUCCUGGUUUCGGUGGCAUGUAAUUGAUUAUGGUCAAUCGUCAAUCGAUUUAGCUUGUUCGAAUUAGCUAUUUACUAGGUCUAAUUUUUCUUUUUGCUCGGAGUACCACGUGAAAAACCUUAAGCGUUAUAUGCACACUGACUUGGGCCAGGCCAGAACUCUAUCACAAGACUUUAGAUCCUGAGAGGCCGUUGGCAGUUUUACAUCAUGACUAUAUGCAAUGGUUCUCUGUACCCAUGCAUCAAGAACACGGGACUUGUAUAUUACCUUUGUAGAUCUUAGACAACUCAUUCAACGCACUACAGAUACCUACCCUUCUACUAACGAAGUCUUUACCCGAAUGAGAAAAGGGAAAGAAAUCAACAAGUCCGAUAAUUAUGCCUCUAAAAUACAGUAAUACAUUGAAUCGAAC